CACAUAUGAGCUAGCUAGCUCUUGCCCACUGCAUAUUUGCUGGCGGAACAAUAAGGUUUGGAGCAACCCCUCCUAUAUCCGCUAGUUGCUGUGUGUGUAUGAGGGGCAGAAGCGGCAGGCAGAUGUGUCCGGACUUCCCCACAAUUACGUUCCAGUGAUACAGGCGUUCGGCCGCACCAGUCUCCUUGCAACAAGUUGGGCGGGACGCUUGCAGUUGCCUGAAGUUAAGAAAAGGGUUUCUCUUCAGAGGCAACACCCUGUGACUUGUCAUCAGGGAUCACAACGGGGAAGGCAGCUGCGCUAUAUAACUGCACCCUGUUUAUUUUGGGUCGAGACGCCUCUUGCUAGCGGCUUUUAGCCGGACCCUCGGGCAGACAUUCCGUAGGGGGUACAGACACUGCGCAAUGGCCUCCGUAUGGGACCAUACCACCUUGGAGCUGGACGAUGUGUCGGACGAGGAUGGCGAGAUGAUAGUUUCAGUGGAAAUGGAACAAACAAUAGUUCCUACAUAUGGCGCAAUGGCAGAAAAUGCACCAAUACUUUCAGCAGCUGAAAUUGUUGAAUUUGAUGAAAAUCUAGAUUCUUUGUAUUUCACUGAUAACCAAAGACGAAUUGACUAUGUUCUUGUUUAUGAAGAUGAGACCAUGAAGGAGCAUAUUGCAAAAAAAAGUUUUCUAAAGCAAAAGAAAAAAAGGCAAGCAUACGAGUCAAAUCUUAUAAAAAGUGGUUUACAUUUGGAAGCAACACGUUCGGUCUCUGAUGGAAAAAUCAUCUUUGUAAAGGUGCAUGCACCUUGGGAAGUAUUGUGUACAUAUGCUGAAGUCAUGCACAUCAAGCUACCUUUACAACCCAAUGACUUGAGAAAACAUCAGUCUGCUUUUAAUUGCUUUACGAAAAUAUUCAGAGUUAGUGAAGAUAUAAUAAAGCCUGAGCAGGAAUUUUUCACUGCGCCAUUUGAAAAGGAUCGCAUUGAUGAUUUUUACAUCCAGGAUAAGGAAACCUUCUUCACCCCUGCUACAAGAAGCCGAAUAGUCCAUUUUAUUCUCUCACGUGUUGAAUACGCAAUAAAGGAAAACGUCAAGAAAUUUGGUAUAAACAAACUUUUGGAUUCAGGAAUCUACAAAGCAGCAUUUCCUCUUCAUGAUUGUAAUUUUAACGCAGUGUCUGUGGAUUCUAGAUGCCCCAGUGAAAGAUAUAUUUUGUACAAACAGUGGGCUCAUCCAUUUAGCAUUUUAAAGUUCCAGCCUCUGGAUCUUGUAAGAAAAUACUAUGGUGAAAAAGUAGGAAUUUAUUUUGCUUGGCUUGGUUUUUAUACCCGGAUGCUGAUAGUGGCAGCAGUAGUAGGAGUGGCAUGUUUCCUGUAUGGAGUGAAGUCUCAGGAAACUUGCACUUGGAGCAAAGAAGUUUGUGAUCCCAGUAUUGGAGGAAGCAUCAUUAUGUGUCCACAAUGCGAUAAAGCGUGCAAUUAUUGGUAUCUUAAUAUUACAUGUGAAUCUUCAAAGAAACUUUGUAUAUUUGAUAGUUUUGGAACACUUGUGUUUGCAGUCUUCAUGGGAAUAUGGGUCACUCUGUUCCUGGAGUUCUGGAAGCGCAGACAGGCUGAGCUAGAGUAUGAGUGGGACACUGUUGAAUUUUUAGAACAAGAAGAACAACCUCUGCCAGAAUAUGAGGCAAAAUGCACACAUGUAGUAAAAAAUCGCAUAACUCAGCAAGAGGAGCAUGUGCCUUACACAGCCUUUGGGAAAUGCCUGAGAGUGACUUGUUGUACAAGUGCUGUUUUUUUCUGGAUCCUGUUGAUUGUUGCUUCUGUUGUUGGGAUUAUUGUAUAUCGACUUUCUGUUUUCUUGGUAUUUUCUGCCACAUUGCCACGAGCUGUGAAUGGAACAAAUGUAGAAGCAAUCCAGAAGUACUUGACUCCACAGACAGCAACAACAAUUACUGCAUCAAUAAUUAGUUUCAUAAUUAUUAUGCUUCUAAACAUGCUCUAUGAAAAAGUGGCUAUUAUUAUUACAGAUUUUGAAUUACCAAGGACACGGACAGAAUAUGAAAACAGUCUGACCACAAAGAUGUUUCUGUUCCAGUUUGUCAACUACUAUUCCUCUUGUUUCUACAUUGCAUUCUUCAAGGGAAAGAUUGUAGGGUACCCAGGGGAUCCAGUUUAUUGGUUUGGAAAAUAUCGCAAUGAGGAGUGUGAUCCUGGUGGGUGUCUUCUUGAACUCACAACACAGCUGACGAUUAUUAUGGGAGGAAAAGCCAUUUGGAAUAAUAUACAGGAAAUACUUGUACCCUGGGUUAAAAACCUUAUCAGUCGGUGUCGUUCUUCGGGUUCAAAAGCCGUACUGCCAAGGUGGGAAGCUGAUUACCUCUUGCAACCAGCUGGAAAGUUAGGAUUGUUCUAUGAGUACCUGGAAAUGGUAAUUCAGUUUGGAUUUGUCACUUUGUUUGUGGCAUCUUUUCCACUGGCACCUGUCUUGGCUCUUGUUAACAAUUUGUUGGAAAUCCGAGUUGAUGCUUGGAAAAUCACCACUCAGUGGCGACGCAUGGUACCUGAAAAGGCACAAGACAUUGGCGCCUGGCAACCAAUCAUGGAAGGAGUUGCAAUUCUUGCUGUAGUGACAAAUGCCAUGAUUAUUGCUUUUACAUCUGAUAUGAUUCCACGUUUAGUGUAUUAUUGGUCUUUCUCUGUACCUCCCUAUGGAAACUACACUACUAAUACUAUGCAAGGAUACAUUAAUAAUACACUCUCAGUCUUCAGUGUAUCUGAUUUUCAGAGUGAGAGCAAGCCGGUAGCAGUAAAUUGGUUUAAUCCAACUGUAUGCAGAUACCGUGACUUUCGUUACCCACCUGGACAUGAGCAUCAGUAUGAACACAGCGUAUAUUACUGGCAUGUUGUCGCUGCCAAACUAUCUUUCCUCAUUGUUAUGGAGCACAUUGUCUACUUUGUGAAGUUUAUUAUUGCAUACAUUAUCCCAGAUGUAUCAAAUGAAACCAAAGACAAGAUCAAGCGAGAAAAAUACCUUACACAGAAGCUUUUACAUGAAAGACAUUUGAGAGUUAUGAAAAAACAGAUGGGUGGUUUGGCUGACCGGUUCCUAAAAGGCAUGGACAUCUCUAUGAUAAAUAAGGAAGAUUAAAUGUGUAUAUGCUACACAGACAUUUUUUGAAAUGCAAAGUCCAUCCAAUAAUAAAAUCAACAAGACAUCCGAAUAGUAAUAAGUAACUAUGGAGGCAAGAAGCAAGAGGGAGCUACUUAUAUUUGCUCUUGAUUCGUUUUCAUGGUUUGCACAUCAAAAAAUAUUAUAGUUAUCAAAGUCGCGCAUUGCAAAGUGUAAAAUGUCUAAAAAUGUGUCAAAUAGCAAAAAUGACUUUCUACUUUUUAAAAAGAUGCUUGCAAUAAAGCACUUAUUAGCACUGACACUAAUAUGGUGGUACUGCCCAAAUUAUGCUGCUCCUUGUCUCCCAGCAGAAAGAUCUACAUACACGUAUUUAUGAUUUACACCUUUGAUGCAAAGUAAGACUCUACAGGUCAAACACUGUGCAUUGUAGGAAUCCAUGGGUCAAACACUGUGCAUAAAAUCAACCUUACCUUACACUCUUUAUGUGCCAAGUGUUAGCCAGCAUAUGUGUAGAUCUAAUUAAUGGAAUAUUCUAAUCUUUCAUUUUGUUAUGCAGCCAAGCAGUUAUAGAUUAGUGUUUUCACAAGCAAGUACGAUUCUUCUCUAAUAUUCCGAGCCAGAUUAUUCUGAAGCACUGAUAGAACCUUCUAUGCUUGUUGAAGGGAGACACUAGUUGGACAGCCCUAUCUUAGAGGAAUAUUUUAUAAUAUUUUAUAUCUAAAGUAACUCUUACCACUAUGGGAAAACCUAUUUUCUCAAAUAAAUACAUUUUCUAAAGUAAAUAUUUAUUUAAAUCACGUGCAAAGCAGAAGGGUAGACUAUCCCCUGUAUUUUAGGAUCUAUUUUCCGUAAAGGGGGAACUGUCACUGCUCUAAAAAAGAAAUCCACUGUACUUUAGUUACUAUUAAACAAAUCUGUUUAACAUAUUGUUUUUAUUAUUUUUUUCUCAGAGCUGUUUAUACAUUUAAAACUUUUUCAUGGUUUUUUUUAACCCAGCUGGCUUUACAAAAAAGAUUUCAAACGUGUAUCAGGAAAAAAUUAAGCAUCCACUACAGUUUAGCAGAUUUAUUUUCAUUUUAUAAAAAUGACAGUUCCCCUUUGAAGGACCAGUAACACUAUUGAAUAAAAGUGAUGUAUUUAUAUUUAAAUAUAGUGCAUUGUUACCUUGCACUAGUUAAAAUUGUAUGUAAAACACCACUAUAGUUUAUAUAUAAACAAGCUUCUGUGUAGCUAUGGAAGAAGCCAUUUAUGCUAAAUAGGCCAAAAAGGGAGCAGGUUACCUAGCAAACAAACUGUGUAAAAUACAAUGGGUUUAUUUCUUACACAGGAAUAUAAACCAAGGUCAGGUGCAUUUUUGGUUUGCUACAAAGCUCUAAGAUUAAAACAUAUUUAAAAUACAACAUUUAUUGCCAAAAAGAGUUUAUUUGUAGGUAAUGAAUCAACAGAUGCCAUUGUUAAAUGUAAAAAUAAUACUUUUUUGUCAUGACAAUUCAGAGCAAUAUGAGGACAUAGCCUACUGUGUUUAUAGAACAUUCCUUACCAGUAUGUCUGUACAAGAGUUGGUGUUGCAAUAUCUUGUGGUUCAGCAGACUCAUUCUCUAUAGAUCAUAGUAUAAAAGCAUUAUCUAGUGCUCAUGGUAUGGCUUGCCAGAGACCAUUUCUUCUUGUAUGGAUGAAUACAAAUGUACAGAACAAGUAUAAGUAUGAUGAACAGAUGUCCUCGUUGUUAACUGUAUUUAAGAGGAAUCAACUGAGGAACCCCCACCAUUAUAUAACAUAUUGCCGCUUUAAUUAAACAUCUUUUGAUCUCCAAAAA